UUCAGUGCGGAACAUGGGCUGGCCAAUCAGAUAAAAGGGGUGGUUCUAAGCUCCUCCCACUGUUCUCUGUCUCAAAGGAGUGUGAGUUUAUUCUGCGCUUUACUGUAGGAACAGAGAUUCAACCUGAGAGACAACAACACAGCAAACUGCACAGACUCGAGGAUGCUGAAGGGAAAAGUGGCUGUAGUGAGUGGCUCGGCUCAGGGUUUGGGAAAAUCCUUCACACACAUCCUGCUGGAGAACGGAGCUCAGGUGGCCAUGUUGGAUGUGAGUGAGGCGCUGGGUCAGGAGCUGCAGGUCCAGUUGAAUCAGCAGUAUGGAUCGGACCGGACACAGUUCUACAAAGCAGACGUGUCGUCAGAUCAGCAGUUUACAGAUGUGUUCCAGAAGAUUCUCAGUAAAUUCGGUCGCAUCGACAUUUUCUGUAACAACGCAGGAAUCGCUGAUGAGGAAAACUGGGAGAAAACCGUCUCCAUAAACCUGUCAGGAGUGGUGAGAGGAACGUAUUUGGCGCUGGAUCACAUGAAGAAGCAGAACGGUGGAAAUGGAGGCGUUAUUAUAAACGUAGCAUCGCUGGCAGGUCUUGGUCCGCUCCCAUCAGCUCCAAUUUACACAGCAACCAAGUAUGGUGUGGUGGGAUUCACCCGCGCUGUCUCUAUGGCGUCUCAGGUCUCAGGUUAUGGUGUGAGGAUUAACGCUCUGUGUCCGAGUUUCGUCAGAACGGCGCUGAUCGACUCGUUUAACCAAAAAGAAAAAACAGGACAAUUUCACAGUCUGGCUUCUCUCACACGGAGUCUGAUGGACAAAUCCCCCAUGAUAGAGGUGGAGCAGGUGGCAAAGGCGUUUCUAUUCUUGGUGAAGGAUGAGAGUAUGAACGGAGCGGCUGUUUUAGUGAGGAAUGAAGGUGCAGGGUAUGUCAAGUUCCCUACAGAUGUGGAGACCACGCCCAUCUCUCUGUAACCAUAGAAACCUGUUAGUCCUGGACCAAUCACAUUCAGUCUUAAUCCAAACCAAUUCUUUCUGAUUACAGAUUCUUUAUGAAGUGUUAUUACCCCUGUGUUUAGUACCCUUGUGUUUAAUACCCCGUGUUUAGUACCCCCGUGUUUAGUACCCCCGUGUUUAGUACCCCUGUGUUUAAUACCCCUGUGUUUAGUACCCCCGUGUUUACUACCCCCGUGUUUAGUACCCCUGUGUUUAAUACCCCCGUGUUUAGUACCCCUGUGUUUAGUACCCCCAUGUUUAGUACCCCCGUGUUUAUUACCCCUGUGUUUAUUACCCAUGUGUUUAGUAACCCAGUACACUGUGAGAAUAUUCAGAGAUGAAUGAAUAAACCUUUACACAGCGAGUACUCUCCUGUUUAACAGAUUAAUAAAAGGAAAUUUAUUUUGUUUAUUCUGUUCACACUGAGGUGUUUAUAAAAUCAUUUAUUCUGAUUCAGGUCUCAGGUGGAUUAUUAACAGAUUAUUAACACAUUAUCCUGCAUGUAAACAUCUCAUUUCUUUACAAAUAUGUCAGAAAGUGUAACAUAAAACAUCAAAUAAAGUACUGUCAUUUACACUCAAAA